AUGGCCACAACGCAAGACUCAAAGGUAAAAGAUACGCCAAAAGCAGAACAUGAGUACAUCGAAAGCGCACCACCGGGGGGUUCUCCAGUUGAGCCAAACAUUGGGGAGAAGGCAGCUCACCGGCCUGGAAGCAAGCGAGAACUCAAGGAAACUGACGAAUAUGCUCACUUGGGUUACAGCUAUCCAACCUGGAGAAAGUGGCAAAUACUGAUUGUUAUGUUCCUUAUCCAAAUUUCCAUCAACCUGAACGCAAGUUUAUAUGCCAAUGCGGUCGAUCAUGUCUCCAAGAAGUUCGAGAUCAGCAAACAAGCCGCCCGGAUUCCGCAGCUCACAUUUCUCUGCGCUUACGCCUUCGGGUGUGAGCUAUGGGCGCCGUGGAGUGAGGAGCUUGGAAGAUGGCCGACCCAACAACUCAGCCUUCUUCUUGUCAAUAUCUGGCAGUUUCCAUGCGCAUAUGCUCCAAAUUAUGCAACGUUGGUGAUCUGCCGGCUCCUUGGGGGGCUUUCCACCGCAGGUGGCUCAGUCACUCUUGGGGUUUUGGCUGAUAUGUGGGAACCUGACGACCAGGAAUAUGCCAUCGCCUUCUUAGUUCUGUCGUCCGUUGGGGGUUCUGUAGUGGGGGCUGUUGUUGGUGGGUUUGUCGAAACAUCGAAACCCUUACCGUGGAUAUUCUACACGCAACUAAUAGCUGGAGCUGCCGUUCAAUGUAUGCACUUCUUCCUCGUUCCCGAAACUCGCUCCACAAUCAUCCUCAAUCGCAUAGCAAAGAAGCGAAGAAAGGCAGGCGAAGAAGUAUAUGGCCCUAACGAAGUCAAAACCCAGCGAAUGACAUUCAAAGAGGUCAUAAUAAUAUGGAGUCGGCCCUUUUACAUGUUGUUAACGGAGCCCAUUAUUGCGUGGUUGUCAGCUGGGUUUGACACUAUCGGAAUCAGCCUGGCAUUUAUUCCACUGCUCAUCGGGUACUUUCUGGCCUACUUGUCUUUCCUUCCGUCAAUCCACAUGUUCCGGCAGAAGAGGCGGAAACACGGCUCUGAGUCUGUUACACCCGAAGCCCGUUUAUGGUGGCUGAAAUAUGUUAUCCUUCUGGAGCCAAUUGGUCUCAUAGGCUUCGCAUGGACAUCGCUUGGACCACCUCGGGUACACUGGAUAGCACCCAUGAUAUUCUCUACUUUAGUUGGCAUUGCCAACUACAGCAUAUACCAGUCCAGCAUUGAUUAUACUGUUGCAGCUUACGGUGUAUAUGCUGCGAGCGCCACUGGUGGAAACGAUUUCGCCCGAGAUUUUCUUUCCGGUAUUGCGGCUAUAUAUUCCGGUCCCAUGUACGAGAACAUCGGCCGCGACUAUCCGCUUGAAUAUGCAAGUACAAUACUUGCCAUCAUCGCCGUUUUUGUUACAGCCCCGGUUUUUUUCUUCUAUAAACAUGGGCCUGAGAUUCGGAUGCGUAGUAAAUUUGCUUCUGAAAUCGCAAAGGCAAGAUCGGAAGGCAGAGGUGGACGCCCGAAGAAUGAGGGCGAGAAACCAGAUUUACCAGGUCAUGAACAGGUCUGA